CUCUCUUCUGUUCUCUUUCUUAUUGUGCUCUCUAAGUCCACGAAAGCUUACGAUUUUCAAUUUCUUUGUGUUUAGUUUCUUUAUACAUAAUCUUCUUUAUCUGCUUCGAGUUUUCUUUGUAUUCUUUCUGCAGGGCUCUCUUUUCUUGUUUAUUUUGCAGGCUCUUUCUUUCCAAAUGGAUUCAGGCAGAAUUAUCAAUUCACAAUUUCUUCAGAGAAAAAAUGACCGGGAAAACUUGGACAGGUUCAUACCAAAUCGAUCGGCUACAGACUUCGACUAUGCGCAUUCCAUGCUCACAGGUAUGAAUAAAGCUGGUAAGGUUAAUCAGGCAGACAACUCCCCCGCUAAAGAAGCAUACAGAAAGGUAUUGGCGGAGGCAUUCAACAUGAACAAAACCCGCAUUCUCGCUUUCAAGAACAAGCCUCCCACUCCCAUUGAGGCCAUUCCUUCGCACUUGACUUCUUCUUCUUCUUCAUCUCUUAACAAUACUUCUAAAUCUUCAAAGCCUCGCCGUCACUUUCCUCAGACAUCUGAAAGAACACUUGAUGCUCCAGACAUGGUUGAUGAUUUCUAUCUGAAUUUGCUUGACUGGGGCAGCGCCAAUGUUCUUGCCAUUGCCCUUGGUUCCACAGUCUAUCUCUGGGAUGCAACCGACGGAUCAACCUCUGAGCUAGUCACGGUUGAUGAUGAAUGUGGCCCUGUGACCAGCGUCAAGUGGGCUCCUGAUGGUCGCCAUAUUGCUCUGGGCUUGAACGAUUCCCAUGUCCAGCUUUGGGAUUCCACUUCAAACAGACAGUUAAGGACCUUAAGCGGAGGACACAGCUCCCGAGUUGGUUCUCUUGACUGGAACAAUCACAUACUAACAACUGGGGGUAUGGAUGGAAAAAUCAUAAACAACGACGUAAGAAUAAGGCAGCAUAUUGUGGAGGAAUUCAUAGGACACAGCCAAGAGGUUUGCGGGCUGAAGUGGUCUGCCUCCGGGCAGCAGUUGGCAAGCGGUGGAAACGAUAAUCUGAUUCACAUCUGGGAUAGAUCCACGGCUUCUUCCAGUUCCCCUACCCAGUGGCUUCACAGACUUGAAGACCACACUGCUGCUGUAAAGGCGCUUGCUUGGUGCCCGUUUCAGAGCAACUUGCUAGCUUCGGGUGGUGGUGGGGGAGAUGGGUGCAUCAAAUUCUGGAAUACCCACACCGGGGCUCAGUUGAACUCCUAUAACACUGGUUCGCAAGUUUGUGGUCUUGUUUGGAACAAGAAUGAACGGGAGUUGUUGAGCUCACAUGGGUUUAGCCAGAAUCAAUUGACAUUGUGGAAGUAUCCUUCGAUGGUGAAGGUUGCAGAACUGAAUGGGCAUACUUCAAGAGUCCUUUUCAUGACUCAAAGCCCAGAUGGAAAUACAAUUGCAACUGCUGCAGGAGAUGAAACAUUGAGAUUCUGGAAGGCAUUUGGGACACCUUCUGCUUCUGAAGUUGCAACAAAAUCAUUGGCAGCAAAGGCUAACCCUGAGCCAUUUGCAAGCUCAAACAGAAUUCGGUAAAAGUUUUAGAUGAUGACAAACAGAUAAAAGACCAACCAGCCACUAGCUCGAUGGCAAUUGAAUGAAUGAAUGGAUACAUAGUUGUAUAUAGAGUUAUGAAAUUGUAUUCAAAUAACACCCUGGAAAGAGAUAAUUUAGGAUAGAGGGGAGUUUUUUAAUCUGUUUUGGGAUUUAUUUUUGUAUAUAAUUCAUUAAUAAAAUUAAUCCCAUUACUGGUUUUUCUCUCCAAAACUUGCUCACUGUUGUUCUCCAACAAGUUCUUCAUUUGAUUCUAGCUUUGGACUGUUA